AGGCGGGGCGGAGGGCGGGCGGCCGGCGCGCCCGGCCCGUGGGAAGCAGCGGCAUCUGCUCUUUCCACGCUCGUUCCCAGCGGCUCCCUCUGAAACCCAACCCGCCCGGCCCAGCCCCGCCUCGCCCGCCCCGCCCCCGGGGAUCGGGUUACAGGAGCCGGAGCUACCGCGCCGCGCCAGAUGGCCAGGCCGCUGUCCACCCCCAGCCCUUCGCAGAUGCAAGCCAGGAAGAAACGCAGAGGGAUCAUAGAGAAACGGCGUCGAGACCGCAUCAACAGUAGCCUUUCUGAAUUGCGACGCUUGGUCCCCACUGCCUUUGAGAAACAGGGCUCUUCCAAGCUGGAGAAAGCCGAGGUCUUGCAGAUGACGGUGGAUCACUUGAAAAUGCUCCAUGCCACUGGUGGGACAGGAUUCUUUGAUGCCCGAGCCCUGGCAGUUGACUUCCGGAGCAUUGGUUUUCGGGAGUGCCUCACUGAGGUCAUCAGGUACCUGGGGGUCCUCGAAGGGCCCAGCAGCCGUGCAGACCCUGUCCGGAUUCGCCUUCUCUCCCACCUCAACAGCUACGCAGCCGAGAUGGAGCCUUCGCCCACGCCCACUGGCCCCUUGGCCUUCCCUGCCUGGCCCUGGUCUUUCUUCCAUAGCUGUCCAGGGCUGCCAGCCCUGAGCAACCAGCUCGCCGUCCUGGGAAGAGUGCCCAGCCCUGUCCUCCCCGGUGUCUCCUCUCCUGCUUACCCCAUCCCAGCCCUCCGAACCGCUCCCCUUCGCAGAGCCACAGGCAUCAUCCUGCCAGCCCGGAGGAAUGUGCUGCCCAGUCGAGGGGCAUCUUCCACCCGGAGGGCCCGCCCCCUAGAGAGGCCAGCGACCCCUGUGCCUGUCGCCCCCAGCAGCAGGGCUGCCAGGAGCAGCCACAUCGCUCCCCUCCUGCAGUCUUCCUCCCCAACAUCCCCUGGUCCUACAGGGUCGGCUGCUUACGUGGCUGUUCCCACCCCCAACUCAUCCUCCCCAGGGCCAGCUGGGAGGCCAGCGGGAGCCAUGCUCUACCACUCCUGGGUCUCUGAAAUCACUGAAAUCGGGGCUUUCUGAGCUGCCCCUUCACCACCCCGCCCCAAGGAAUAAGGAAGGUUCUUUUACCAGGAGCCCAAAAAAGGGCACUGCCUUUUCUUCUUUGCUUCGUGGACUGGCUCAUAUGUGAAGGCAUGUUCUCCAGCCAUCAGAGGCCCCCUCCUCCUCCAACCCAUCUCUCCUCCUCACUGUUAUCCCAGCUUAUCCACCCAGCUCUCCUGGAGCUGUUCUCGUCUCAGAGGCUUGGUUCCAUUUCUCACUUGAACAGAUGAGUCCUGGGAGAGACCCUCAGAGAUGCGCCCAGACCCCUUUCCUGCCCUCUGCACACCAGCAGCAGGCAUGAACCUUGGGUCUGGGAAAAAGCUUUAACCUGCAGGGCACCAGGACCCAAGGCAGGCUGUUCCUUGGAGCGGUCAGACCCCAGUCAGGAGCAAUGACUGACUGGCUGCAGCCUUCCCACGCCAAGAGGCUGGAACAUAGUGUCUGCCUCGCUUCCUGGAGAUAGUAACUGAGCAGGGGCUACAAAGAGGUCUCCUGGGAACCCUGUCUGCCCCUUCCCACCUGUCCUUGGGCCACACCAUCACACUGAACCACAGGACAGACCCUUUCUCCACCACAGCCAAGGCCUGGAGACUGGGGGCCCAGCAGAGCCUGCUCCCACCCUCCUCCCAGCAGCAGACACCCACCCUCUCACUGACUAACAGGUCCCUGCACACAGCUGGCCUGGUAAACCCAGCUGGGAGGUUUCUAGGCAGCAGCAAAACUCUGUGACAGGGUGUCCUCACACCAGGCCUUGGACAGCUCUCCCAGACAGGAGCCAGGGUUGAGCAAUGGAGAGCCCAGCCCCCGCGUCUUACAGUCGCCAUCCUCCAGGCGUGUGGUCCCUCCCCAUUGGGUGCACAGUGCAGAGGGGCCGUGGCCCCAUGUGAUGGUGCGCAGAGAGGAACCUCUUGGGAUUCAGCACCAGACGUCUGUGCUGCCUGGUUUGCAUCCGGCUCACAGAGCCCAGACUGCUGGAACAGCCAAGGACUGUCAGGCUGGACAAAAAUAACUGCGAGGAGGGGCAAGAGAAAGGAUGAUUCGAGGCACCUCGGCCCUUCAAGGUCAUGCAGUGGGUCGAGGGCCUGAGAUCCUGUUCACCAGGACUCCACAGAGCUGGCUCUGCUCAGAAGCCAUUUCAUUCCCCGGCUCCACCCUAGGGCACUUUUUCUAACAGAGGAAACAAAUGGUCCAGCAGUCGUUCCCAGCAGAACAGCAGAGCCUGGACUGACACCCAGUGGGACCAGUGUUGCCACACCAGUUGAUAAAAUGCAGAAACCCUUCUGUACUCGUUGGUAAAUAUCUACUCCCCCAAGUGACUCCAGGUGCCGCCCACCGCCUGGCACUUCCCCCAGGACUCCUACGAUCUGGUUACUGCCUGGCCGAUCCAAGGCUGUGGAGUCCCAGAGCCAGCAGUUCACUGGUGCUCAUUCCACACUGGUUAGAUACUUCAGUUGUCACCCCUGGGAAGAUUCUCCCACCUCCUCCCUUUGAUGGAACCACCCUCCCCAGAGGCUGCAUUGAGGAGACUCCACAGACGAAAAGUGAGUUUGCAGAAACCUUGGGGAAAAGGGCCCUUUCAAAGAAGUGGAUAAGAGGGAGGAGAUCAUUGAGUGACCCAGAAAGCUCUUUUGAAAAGACAGACUCCUCAAGGAGAGAUAAAGAGGAAAGCACCUCUUUCAUUUUUAGUGUGAGCUAAUUCCAUCAGACUGCUGUCCUCCUGGACCCAUCUGAGAUGUGCAGUAGCAAGGAGAGGGGGGAUCAUUUUAGAGAGUGGGUCAUUGGCAGGGAGUGCUCCUGAGGGAGGCAGAGGGGAGACUGUGGUAGAAGGAAGACAGAACUCACACGUGCUCCCAGGAUUGGGGACAGGGACAGACGAGGUAACAGAAGGCAAAGGCCAGUUUCCCCUUUAUCAUGAAGGGGCCCACUCAGGACAGGAACAAGGACAACUCCUCCUCCUCCUCCUCUCCUGCUGCUCCUGGGAUACCAGGUCAGUGAUGUAGUCUUGCAGUUUGGCAACUUCCUAGCCUGAGAAUCCCUAGCGGGGCUGUGGGAAACACAUUUCCACGUUGCAAGUAUGCAACUCCAAAGAAUCUGUGAUGCCACUGAAAUGAGAUGGGAAUGAUCCAGCUCUUUCAGCAUCUUGGUUGAACUUGCUUUCAUUGUCCCUGGGAUAUUGUGGAAGGAAAGGUGACUGUGUGAUCUGAUUCCGUGGUCAAGGACUUGCAUCUUCUGUUUCUAUCCCCAAGCCUUCCUGGUGUCUCCAACUCCUACCCCAUUGCAUGGGUUGUUGCGGACAUCCAAUAAAGAUUUUUUUAGUGCUUCUGGAAACUUCCAGUAGAUUCUACUUCUAAACUAUCUCUGGAGUCCAUCCACUUCUGUCUGCACCCACAGCCACCCUGGCCAGGCCACAUCACCUCCCCCAGAUCACUGCCCUGGCCUCAGAAAGGUCUUCCCUCUUGCUUUGUCAAUCAGUUCUUAGUAGCAGCAGAGAGAAAUUGAAAGCUGCAGGUCAUAUCAUAUCAUCUUUAGUUUGAAAACCUCACUCUCUUACCCUAUUAUUCUAAAGGUCUUCUUCUUUUGGUCCCAACCUCACUUCCAGCCUCAUUUCUUGCCAGUCCCAGACUUGCUCCCUGAGCUUCUGCCACCUGCCCUUCCUUCAUUUCCUCGACAUUCCAGCCUCGUUCCCACCUCCAGCACUUUGCAUAUGCUGUUCCCUUUGCCAAGAAUGCUCUUCCCCUACCCUGUGCAUGGCUGAGUUCUGCAGACCCUCAGGCCUUGGCUUCAAAGUUGCCUCCUCCAAGAGGCCUUCCUCAACUACUGUACUUGUGGAGUUCCUCUAUCACAAGGCCUCUGUUCUUUCCCUUCAUGGAGAAUUUGCCACUGCAUAUCCAUUUGUGUAAUUUACUUGUUGGUUGACUGUGCCUCCCACUCGAGUGUAAGCUCAUGAGGCCAGGUGCCAUGCCUGGUUCACUCUCCACUCUGUACCCAGCAUUGAGCACAGGGCCUGGUCCAUAGUUGGCGUUCAAUAAAUACUUGUUGAAGAAGUGAA